AUGUCACCUCCAUCCGACAACGAGAAGAGGACAGUCGGAGCAGACUCGAGCAAGGACGUCAACAAGCCGGAUCUAGUCCUUGACGAGAAGAAGGCGAGAAGCCUGCAUAACUUCAACACGACCAACUCGCCAAUUCAUUCAGCUCCUAUUUCGCCGACGCAUCGCAAGACAAGGCCAAGCCAUGACUUCGAUCGCCGUUACGAUGGUCCCUUUGGCCGUCCCUCCUUAGCGAUGACCCGGCGAUCCUCCCUGUCGCCGACCCGAUCCCCCCGACCUUCGGGUGUAUCUAUCCGGUCUCCGCGGCCGUCUACGACGCACACAGCCCAACCGGCCUCUCCUGCGGAUGAGGGAGGACCGUCGAGACCCACGUUCCAGCCGACCCCUCCCCCGCUUAACUACACUCUGCGUACCCGUAAACUCGCGAUAUUCCUCUUUUGGACCUUGAUCCUCUUCGACUCCAUCGCGAUGCCGAUAGCUCUAUACUUUGGUCUGUGGUACGGCGUCGGGCCGGGAACAAACACGGCCACCGAAAAGAAAGAGAAGCUUACCCCAAACGCGGUCUUUUCAAUUGUCACUGCCGCAGUUGGAGGAGCCAGUAUCGUGGAGUACUUCCUCAGAUUCUGGCGGUUAUGGAGGAAGGGGAGCACGUGUAGAGUCAUCGGGGCGCAUCGCUGGUACCUGGACUGGUUCCACUGGAACUUUUCAUUUGCUUGGAUCAUAAUCAUGAUUGAACUGAUCGUGGGCACCGUCCCAGAACACCCACCAAUCCGCCUGCUCUCUAUGCCAGUCACGACGAUGCUCUUCGUUUUCGGCACCGAACUCUUGUUAGUCGACACUAUGCGCUAUUUCCACGUCCCCGCACCCUGCCGCAUCUCGUCUAUACCCAAAGGCGCGCAACUACGGCCUGGGAUCUACAGUCUCAUCGAAGACAUCUGUGCCGUCGACGGAUCCGGUGGAACGGAAUUCAGAGUCGCGUUGGACAGGAGAUAUGAAGCAAGCCAUGUAUUCAGAGCAAUGCUGAGACGGUUGGGUGUGUUCUGGGCCGUCGGGGCAGAAGCUUGCGCCGUGCUUUGCACAGUGUUGAUUUUCACUCUGGACGGCGAUGUUGCUUACACCAUCGGCUGGUCGCUGCCGUUCGUGUGGGCUGGAAUAUGGACAGGUGCUACGUUUUGCACUUUCGGCGAGCCCUAUGAAGAGCAUGAGGUCUGCCCUGCAGCUGGUAGUUGCGUGAACAUGCAAAGCGGUCCUGAUGGCUGGGCUCAAAAGGCAAAUUGGGUCAUCUUGAAGGGAAACACAUGCGUUAGAUUUUACAACGAGUACAACUGUCCUGGCAGUGCUAAGACUUGGGAGCCAACUUGCCAAAGCGUGGAUUGGUCGUCGUACGUCCUCCAAGACUGGCAGAAUGGUGUGAUGAAAUCGUACACCGUUUGGAAGCGGUAG